GGUGUUGGAUUGAGCCUGCCUGCCUGCCUGCCUGCGUUCGGGUGCCCGAACACCGAUAGUAUCGUUCAGAGAUGGCAACGCUGUCGUCGUCGCCGCUGCGAGCCUGUCGGGGGAUCCUGAAGGAGCUACGAGCCAUCCAGGGGCCGAGCUACAACAAGUCGCUGGCCUACAACUAUGUCAUGGACCAGUUCCGUAAAAAUAAGGUGACAGGAGAAAGGUACUGCCGUGCCCAGCAGGAGGCGCACCAUGCCUCGCACACGUACCUGUGUUUGCUGGCAUCUACCAGAAACCACCAGGCCCUGCACAACUAUUACCACGGCAAGGGAGACCGCAGCCUUGCCCAAGCGGCUAGCAUGGUGGGGCUCAGGUUGCCCACUCAGCCAGGAGGUAAAGGCUGGGAGAAGUGACGACAAGGGAAGACACAAUAUCUUGAAACUCUUCAUGAAAGACUUUCUCCUGUGACUGAUCAAUCUGGCUUCAUACUAUUCACCCUGUGUAAGGAAAUCUUCUAGAGGAUGAAUAUUUGAUAAUAAUGUGGCAGAUAUCUGGAGAUUGUGCCAUCAUGAACUGCUUUGAGGGAGCAACUGUUGUGUUAUUUUGUAAAUAUACUUUUCUCUGCCCUCUCAUCCACACUGUCUUCUAUUUGUGUUUCCCAACUUUUGAAGUAUAUAUUGAAAACCAAAAGUAACCAUGAAUUAAUUUGUCCUAAUAAAGUAUUAAGAUGUUUA